AUGAACUGUAUUUUUAUAUUUUCCCUCGGCUGCUCGGAGUGGCGGUUUAUGUAUGGUCCACUAUCAGAACAAUCUGCCGAUUCUUCAGCAGAAUUUGAAUGGGGACGAUACUUCGUUUUUGCUAUCAUUUCCAGGCCCUCUUGUCUCUUUGGGAGACACUUUGUGAGAGGUAUUCAUGGCUGGACGAGGGGACCGGCGGGAAGCUGCGUACUCUACUGAUUGGCCCUGGAAAAGGGGGGAUGCGCGUUUGUCAGUAUGGGUGUAUUAAGAAUAUCCACUUGUAGAAGAUUCUUCCCUUUAUAUUAAGAGCGAAAAUCCUCACCACCGCCUGCAGUCCAAGCAGACCUCAUUAUUAUUAUGGAUUUCACUUCGUUGAGAUGAAACUUACCCCCUAUUCUUGCUGGGGGUAAGAAUACCCGGAUCGCGGUGGUGGUGGUGGUGCCGGGAAGAACUCUUUCUCCGGCCGGCCUGUGCCAGCCGUACAAGCGUAUUUCACGUACCCACCGCUGGCUUGGCGCCUAGCAGCGCAGCGAGCUUGUGCCAGAGAGUGUGUCUCCAGUGUGUCUCCAGUGUGUCCCCAGUGGACGUUUGGGCGGCUUGGGGGCCAGUUGGGGGAGGGGCUGCGGGCGGUGUUUGGGCGUGUGUUGCAAGCGCUGGGAACAGGUGGGCGUAUUAUAUGCGGGCUGUGACCAUACCAUACGACCACUGCCAACCAAUCUCCCUCCUCCCCCCUUCCCUUCCCGGCUUCUUCCCCGUCCGUCUCCUUCAAUCUCCUCUCCUCUUUCUCCUCCAUUGUUCGUCCAGCUUCAACUUCAAUCCACCUCCAUCACCGCCAUCACCGCCAUCACCGCCAUCACUAUCACCCUUCCACCUCUAUCCAUCGCCUCUCUCCCCCUCGCCCCCCUUACAUCUCCAUCUCCGUUAUCUUGGAUUGGAGUUGUGACUUGGCUAUCCUCAGCUUGAAAGCAGGCCGGCCUUUUUGGUGAAAAUAAAACGCUCGUUCACUGUACUGUUCGCGAUUGAGAUUGGUCGCCCAAGCUACUUCACCCGACCACAUAUUUUCUUCGUCGAUCAACCUGUUUUACCCUGGCAUAAAAAAAGGCUGGAGGCAUUUUUGAAGACGGUUCUGGAUUAACUUAACUUGUCUUUGGUUCAAUUCGUGGAUAGUCAGACUACCAUUCCCAUUUCGCCCAAACCCGUUUGGAGUGAUCUAUCGCUCUUUCUACCUCGCGAAAACUCGUCCGCAGUUACUUAGAUAUCACAUUUGAACCGCCAAGAUGGGGUGCGGAAUGAGCACUGAGGAUAAGGAGGGGAAGGCCAGAAACGAGGAGAUUGAGAACCAGCUCAAACGAGAUAAGCUGCUGCAGAAGAAUGAGAUCAAGAUGCUUCUACUUGGCGCUGGCGAGUCCGGUAAAUCUACCAUUCUGAAGCAAAUGAAACUCAUCCACGAGGGUUCCUAUUCGCGGGAUGAGAGGGAGUCUUUCAAGGAAAUCAUUUUCAGCAACACCGUGCAGUCAAUGCGUGUAAUUCUUGAAGCUAUGGAAGGUCUUGAUAUUCCCUUGGACGACCAGCGUGCAGAAUACCAUGUUCAGACCAUCUUCAUUCAACCAGCUCAGAUUGAAGGCGACAGCUUACCUGCUGAUGUUGGCAACGCCAUUGACGCUUUAUGGAACGAUGCUGGUGUGCAAGAAUGUUUCCGACGAUCUCGCGAGUAUCAGCUGAACGACUCAGCACGAUACUACUUCGACUCCAUCAAACGUAUUGCUGGAUCCGAUUAUUUGCCCAGCGAUCAGGACGUCCUCCGCUCCCGUGUCAAGACUACUGGUAUCACCGAGACAACGUUCAUUAUUGGCGACCUCACUUACCGUAUGUUCGACGUUGGCGGGCAACGCUCUGAACGUAAGAAGUGGAUCCACUGCUUCGAAAACGUCACCACCAUUCUUUUCCUUGUAGCAAUCUCAGAGUACGACCAGCUUUUGUUCGAGGACGAAACCGUGAACCGUAUGCAGGAGGCUCUCACACUUUUCGAUUCUAUUUGCAACUCGAGAUGGUUUACCAAGACCUCGAUCAUCCUCUUCCUGAACAAGAUUGAUCGGUUCAAGGAGAAGUUGCCUGUCAGCCCGAUGAAGAACUACUUCCCUGACUACGAAGGUGGUCCCGAGUACACUGCCGCGUGCGACUACAUUCUCAAUCGCUUCGUAUCGCUUAACCAGGCCGAAACGAAACAAAUCUAUACCCAUUUCACUUGCGCUACUGACACAUCGCAAAUCCGGUUCGUUAUGAUGGCAGUUAACGAUAUAAUCAUCCAAGACAACCUUCGCCUCUGUGGAUUGAUAUAACGAAAUCCUUUUGGAUAGGUCUUUUGGCUCCCACUAAUUUAGAUUAUUUCUGUUCAUUUCAUCUGUAUUUGAUAUCACCCUCGAUUUUCCCCCUUUUUUUCAGAAUAAUUUGCCCCACGCCCAACCACCGCCACCAAACAGAGCCGUCCAAGUUUUCCUUUACAUCUAUCCCUCUCCUACUUUGCCUAUUACUGGGCUCACAAUGGCGUUGAGACCUUUUCCUUACUCUAAAACAAAAUACGGCGUAUUGGACCUCUCGUCAGUACCGCAACUACGGGACAUACGAUCUUCCCUUUUCUUUUUUGAUUACAACCCCUCGCUCCCCACCUCUUGGUCUGAGGAGAUAAAAUGAUACGGUGCCACUCCGAUCGUUGCCUCUUGCCGCCCUGGUUUCUGAUGGCGCAAUCUUAACAAACCCCCCGGUGCUGCAGGGCUGUCAACUGUCCACCUUCCUUUUGUUUUUUUUUCCUACUGCAUGAUUUCCUACUCGGCUUGCUCUUUUCUUUUCUUUUCUUUUCUUUUUUUAUUUCGAUAUCUUAUUUCCUUAUUUCCCUUUCUAAUUCCCUUGUUAUAUCCCUUGAUAUGUACCUGUGUGUGCGUGUGUUCUUGUUUUUUCUCCUACUUUUUUUCUUGGGGCUUUUCCCCUUAACUUUCUGUAUUUCUUGUGACUUUAUAUGGGUUUCCCUCUUAUCGAAUUUCCAUUUCCAUUUUCUUUUAUUUCUUCAAAUACCAUGGGGUUUCUCUCAUUCUCUUUUUUUUUUACUUGAGUAUGUUUUAUUUGUUUCGCUAUUUGCCUUGUUUUCGAACCUUAGCUCUGCCUGUAUCAGCGGGCGGAUUUCUACACAUUAGCUUUUUGGUUUUUUAUCUGACCGGGCUAUUUGUCUACCAAUUCCCUCUGCUUUUUUUUUUUUUUUUUUUUUAUGUCUGCUACUUGUCCUCCUUUUUUCCCUACUUUUUGAAACAAUUCGCAAAUCAGAUUUUAGGCAGGAAAUGAAAUGCAAUACCCACUUAUCGCCG